AUGCAAAACCUUAAAGUCAUCGAAAAAAGAGUGAAUUCUCACGUUGCUAAAUGCACAUUCAAAAUAUUAACAGACAAUAUAAGAAGCAUGAAGGUCACUGUUAGUGACGCGACUGAGCUUCAUACAUUCAUUUCUAGUAGCUUAGAGAGAUAUUUCAAAGAUGAUUCCAGCUUCUGGGGAAAUGAUUGGUUUGACUUAGAAGAUUCGGCUGGGAGUGAACAAAGCCAUAAAAAACUUCAACAGGAUGCUAUUUACUGUUUGAAGGCACUAUGUCAAGCUAAAAUUUGGAGAAAUGCCGAUGAAAAGCUACGACUUUCUCAUACCAGAAGGCGCAUAUCUUACAUAUAUAAUCAACGGGAAGUUGUGGCAACGAUAUGGAAGGAACUAAAAAAGAGAUGCGAGAGUUUGAUAAGCUUGAAAUUUGACCUCUAUGUUAGCAGCAUCGAAUCUAAUCUCUCUCAUGGUAGCAAACUAGUGGAAUACUGGUCAAAUUUGUAUCAGAAUUACAAGAAUUUUUUAUCGACUUUCUUGCCAUUUCUCGAAUACAUUAGGGUGAACUAUACAUCAUUGGUUCAUGAUAUACCAACUGAUAUGAAUCUUCUAGAUAUCUACGAGCUAUAUUUCAUAACUCUGGUAAAAACAAAGCUGAAUUCCAAAUUCAUAUCUUUUUUGAAGUCGUACGUAUUUGAGUGCUUCAAUCGUGAAACAUCGAAGCUCAACGUUUCAAGAGUUGAAUCUCCGAUGUUAUUGGUAUAUAAACACAGAGCAUCCAUCUUUGACGAUACUGAGUUACUUUUCGAAGAUUUUUAUUUUGGUUUGAUUCGUGAAUAUGUCCAAACACAUGUUGACAUUAAAAUUAAUCUCACUUAUCUCAAUCAUGUAAUAAGAUACCUAAAAAAUAAUGCACUCAUCACAGGAGCAAUAUCGAUGGCGCUGCUGGAUCGCUCGAAUACAAUAUUUCUGGAAAACACCAUUUUGUUACAUUCUCAAUGUGUGACGCUUUUAGGAGUUUUGAAGGACGAUAUUCCUCUAGAGUUUGGCACUAAUAAAUCAGAGAAGUUCAAUCAAAUUAGUGACCAAUUGGUUGUUUUAAUAGGAACAUACAAAACAAGGGGAGUCGCAACGUCUUUUCAAAAUAUUUACAGUGAAUUGAUUCAUCACUCUUUGAAAGCCAUGAUCGCAAAAAAAGCGGAUUUACAUAGCCAGUUUGUGGAGAUUUGCAAAUUAGUUUUAAUCACUGAUAAUGAGAAAAGCUUGCAGUGUCACGCUAGGAUUGAAAUUACUAAAGCCAUGGGAGGCUCUCUGAACCUUAUGAGCUCUUACUCAAAGCUGUGCGACUCCUCAAUCAGAAAAUUCAAUAAAAGCGUAAUCAACAAUUUGGUAAAAACCUCAAACUUAGAACCGAAAAACUCUUUGAUUAUCAAUGUUCCGAUACUAUUGAAGCUUGAUUCCUCUUUUUUGAUAAGAUAUUCCCACUCUCUCUUUAGGAGAGCGAUAUUCUUCGGACCCAAGAUCUACGAAACACUUACAAAUUCGAGGUAUCUGGAAUUUCAUUUACUGAUACUUUUCGAAAAGCAUUAUAAGAACUCUCCUUCGUAUCAAGGAUUAAUGUUAUUGAAGCUAGAAAUUUUGAGAUCAGCUAAAUUGGCGCUCGACUUCCAAUCGCAUUACAAGGAUAAUACAGAGAUAAAUUUCUUUCUAUUUAAUCGAAAUCAUAUUCCGAGUACAUUUAGGGGGGAGGGAAGUGAAGUUGGUACACUUCCUGAACAUUUGCAAGAGGUCUGGAAGAACUUUGAAGAAUUCUAUCUAGAAAAAGAUCCGAAAGCCGAACAUAAGGUGAUUAGUCCUAUUUACAAAUUUCAAUUUUGUGAAGUUGAGACUCCAUACUUUCUCAGCAACGGCAAACGACUCACGCUUGAUUUGACAAUUUUCCAAGCCAGUGUGAUAUCUUUGUUUAACGAUGCAGAUUUAUUAACUUACGAACACAUAUUAGAGAAAACGAAACUAGAUAGUGCUGCUUUGAAGGAAAUUUUGCUUUUGUUCAAUGAUAUCGGUCUGCUAAAGCUACAUAAAGGAAGUUAUUUGCUGAACAACGCAUUCCAACCAGACGAAAGCAGGAUAAAGGAUGGAAAGCUGCGCUUUUUAGUUAAUAACAAUGUCAAUACAGGCCUCGGAAGGAAUGAAACUAAUAUUAUUGAUUCACAUCAUCGGGAAGGGAAUCGUUCAUAUUGGACGCAAGAAUUACUAAAAGCUUGUAUCGUUCGCUCUUUGAAGGGACGUAAAGACGGUUUGGAAUACGAAGUUUUAUUUGAGGAAGUCGAGUCGCGGUUUCUCGGUAUGAGUGUGGGAGAAUUUAAGGAAGCUCUUGAAAAGACGAUACGUGAAAAGUAUAUAACAAAACGAGAAAAUUAUUACAUAUAUUAA